AGAGGAGGAGGAGUAAGAGAGUGAGAGGAGGGAGUAGAGAAGCGAGACCCUCUCUCUCCUCCACACACAGAGUCCCAUACACAUUCGCAGCUGCUGUGCCGCUGUCAGUCCUGGAAUGUAAGCACUGCCGUCAGGAGUCCGAUUUUCCAACCACUAAGCACAGAGGAGGAGUACAAACCCAGCGGCGCUCACUCAGACAUACAGAUGGAUGCUAAGCAGAGCGAAACCUAAGAAUCCUAAAGGACACAAGUGAAGGGGAAUACAAUGCCUGUUCUGACAAGGCUACCUUCCAGUGUUUACCCUUUUAGAAGCUUAUUUCCAUAAUCACAAGUCAUUCCGGACAUUUUCCUACUGACUGGAUACCAUGAUAGGCAAUCAGGCUCUGCUCCUAUUGAUGCUCUAUUUCUUGUGGCCCAGUACUGCUCUUCCUUUCAUUCCUGGGAAUAUUGGGAAUCUGUUUGGGAUGCCAGAGAGUGACGGGAAGGUUCUUCAACGUUCCAAACGGGGAUGGAUGUGGAAUCAAUUCUUUCUGCUCGAGGAGUACGCGGGAAAUGACCAUCAAUAUGUUGGCAAGCUGCACUCUAACGCUGACAAGGGCGACGGCACGGUGAAGUACAUCUUGACUGGAGAUGGGGCUGGCACCCUGUUUUUGAUCGAUGAGAAGUCUGGAGAUAUCCACGCUACCAAGAGGCUAGACCGGGAAGAAAAAGCCAUGUACACACUGCAUGCUAAGGUCUUGGACAGAAACACCAAUGCAGAACUUGAACCCGACACUGAAUUUAACAUAAAAAUUCACGACAUCAAUGACAACGCACCAAGAUUUGUAAGAGAGGUGUACUACGCCAGUGUCCCUGAAAUGUCUGAAGUUGGUACCUCUGUCGUUACUGUAACCGCCACUGAUGCAGAUGAUCAAACGUAUGGGAACAGUGCCAAGCUUGUGUAUAGCAUCCUGCAGGGACAGCCAUAUUUCUCUGUGGAUUCAGAAAACGGAACCAUUAAGACUGCUCUACCUGGCAUGGACAGAGAAGUCAAGGAACACUACCAGGUGGUGAUUCAGGCCAAAGACAUGGCUGGACAAAUGGGUGGACUUUCAGGGACCACAACAGUCAGCAUCACCCUCUCUGAUGUCAAUGACAGCCCGCCACGCUUUGCUAACCACUCCUUCCGCGUGACCACUGUGGAGUCUACCGAGAUAGGUGGUGCCAUCGGACGCAUCAAGGCCGAUGAUCCCGAUGUGGGCCAUAACGCUGAGAUGGAGUAUAGCAUUGUUGGUGGUCAUGAUACAUUCAACAUCAUUACUGACCAAGCUACACAGGAAGGUGUCAUCAUAAUUAAAAAGGCUCUGGAUUAUGAAAGUAAGAGGGACUACGAUUUCAGAGUGGAGGUGAAAAACACCUACUUAGAUGCCAGGUUCAUCCACGGUGUGCAGUUCAAAGACUACGCCACGGUCAAGGUGACGGUGGAGGAUGUGGACGAACCACCCGUCUUCACCCGUAACCCUUACAUCAUCGAAGUGCACGAGGACACGGCCGCAGGCAGCUUCGUUGGCGUGGUGCUGGCCAGGGACCCUGAUGCUGACAACAAGCCAGUAAAAUACUCAAUUGACCGACACACGGAUUUAGAAAGGCUUUUUAACGUUGAUUCGGUAAACGGUACCAUCACCACUCUGAAAGCACUCGACAGAGAAAUGUCCAAAUGGCACAAUAUCUCUGUGGUGGCCACUGAAAUAAAUAACCCUCGCCAAACCACUCGAGUACCUGUAUUCAUCAAGGUGUUGGAUGUCAAUGAUAACGCCCCAGAGUUUGCCAUGUCCUACGAUACAUUUGUCUGUGAAAACGUCAAAGCAGGACAGCUGAUUCAGACAAUAAGUGCUGUUGACACAGAUGAGCCACUUGUUGGGCACAAGUUUGUCUUCAGUAUAAGUGGCACCAACCCAAACUUUACAAUCGUCGACAAGGAAGAUAACACUGCCAACAUCCUGACCAGGAGAGGGGGGUUCAGCCGGCGUGAGAUGAGCAUGUACUUUCUCCCCGUUGUGAUCUCCGACAACGACUACCCCAUCCAGAGCAGUACCAGCACGCUGAUAGUCCGUGUGUGUGCCUGUGACAGUCGAGGAAACAUGCAGUCCUGUAACCCGGAGGUCCUGCCCUUCUCAGAUGGCCUCACCACCGGAGCUCUGGUGGCCAUACUGCUCUGUGUGAUUAUCCUGCUCAUGAUCGUGGUGCUGUUCGCUGCCCUGAGGAGGCAGAGGAAGAAGGAGCCUCUGAUCAUCUCCAAAGAGGAUGUCAGAGACAACGUUGUCAGCUACAACGACGAGGGCGGAGGAGAGGAGGACACUCAGGCCUUUGAUAUCGGCACACUGCGUAACCCGGAGGUGAUGGAUGCUAACAAGCUUCGCAGGGACAUCAUACCCGAAAUGCUGUUUUCCUUUCGGAGGACAUCACCGAUAAAGGAUAACACGGAUGUGAGAGACUUCAUAAAUGGGAGGCUGCAGGAGAACGACUCAGACCCCACGGCUCCCCCUUAUGACUCCCUGGCAACAUACGCUUACGAGGGUAGCGGUUCACUAGCAGAAUCCCUGAGUUCACUGGAGUCUGCUGCCACUGAGGGGGACCAGGAUUAUGAUUACCUCAGCAACUGGGGGCCACAGUUUAAAAAGCUGGCAGAGAUGUACAUAGGGAGGAGCCCUGACAGAGAGACCUAAACAAAGCCAUCUGUCUCUCUAUAAUACAAACUCAUUUUUAAUGUCUUUUUGGCUAACUAGCUAGCCAGACACAUAUUUGUCUAGUUAGUUAACUAGCCUGUCUGUCUUAAUAUCUAUCAAGCUCUAUUUGUUUAGUUUGCUCUAGCUAGCUUGAUAGUCAAUUUGUUGUCUAUUGGAUCCACCUAAUGUGCGUGAUAAUGCACAAACGGAUGCGCACUAAGACAACAAUAACUUAAAUCUACAUGUGGAAUCUGACAUGGACCUGGAAAGCUGUGUUCGAAAUGUUCACUCACAAUAUCAUGCUUAAUAUUUAAAGGAUUGAAUAGUGAAGGCAGGGUGUUCUUUUGAAUCUUGAGCACCAUUUAAGUUACACGUUACUGUCUAAUUAUUUAAUUCCCCCUAUAGCUAUAACAAAUAUGAUGAACUGGAAUAUACUUCUUAAUGUAAAGUGAUGGAUUUAAGGCUUGAUUGUCCCAGUUCUGGCUGCUAAAAAAAGACAAAAAACAUCUCUCCCAAUUACAGACACAUUGUAUUUUGCAUCAUAAAUUUACUGUUACACAUUAAACUUAUUUAUUGUACUGUGUUUACUCAAAAAAGCACAGAUGGCACUAGCUUGUAGACAACCUU